CAGUCGAAUUUGAGGAGAAUGAUCGACUGUGAUUAGUCAAUUCUUGCGACUCACGACUUUGCGACUCGUAUUGUAGACCCAGCAUUAUAUGUGAGUGCGAUUAUAAUCUGCCGAAGCCUACGCAGCUGUGAACGAUCAUGCGCGCCUGCACGAAUGGACAACCCGCCAUGCUGAUCUCUAGAUGUAAACAUCAUUGCCAGGAUAUUGUUUGUGUUAUGAAGAAAAGAACCAACGGACGAAUCGUAUUAAAUCGUACAUCUAUAACGACAAGCGGGUUAGAUCGGUUAGACUGACAUUCUCCACAUGAACGUUAAAUGAUGAGCAUCGAUCAUAUUCUGAUAUAAAAAAGAAAGAGCUCACAAGAGAAAGAAGAGUUACAUUAACGGACGUGUCAAGAAAUACAUUGUUUCACGAUGCUGCUCAAUUACACCUUGGUCCCGUUCUUGCUAGCACUCAAAGUCAACGUCCCAGAAGGAAUAAGGGAUUUUAAUGCAGAAUAUUUGUUCGAUUUUGACCGAACUACUGUAGUAUACAAAGAAUACCCCGAAACUACACAAAUAACUGCAGCAUUAAUAUGUCAGCCUUUUCAAUUGUCGGGUCUCCGCUGUUUCUUACACGACGUCAUGACCUUGAAAACCGUAUUAAAGUAUAAAAAUCGAGAUACAGAAGAGAUCGCGAGAGAGCAUAUCAAAUACGAAAAGUGGUUUAUAAUUAAUUUCAAUGAGCAUGGUGUACAGGAUGUACUCGUGCAUACAAAAUCUGAGGGCACGAUCAGAAAAAUUAUUGCAGAUAUUGCUAAACAUUUCAACAUAAGUGGUGGUCUGAUAACUAAAAUAUUAAAUUUUACAACCGGUUUGACCGUCAGGGAAACGACACCAUUAGGCAAUUGCAGAAUCAAGUACAAUAUGACUGUGCUAUAUGGAAACUACGAGAGGAACGAGAAACAGGAUCUCAAGUUCCAAAUUAUACCGUUUGCGAUGGCAAAGCAAUUUGCUGAACUAAGAGAUGCACAUAUACGUAUUGAAAAAAACAGACUAAAAUGCAAAUUACCCUCAGCACGAGUUAGCGUUUUGGCGAACAGGAUAGAAAUGGACAAGUAUAACUAUACAAUGGAAAUAGCCAAUGAUAAAUUAAAUAUAUCAUCUGCAACGCGUAUGCUAGAUGAUCUAUGCGAGCUGGAUGUUUGUUUUAUAAUGACGGAAACAGUACUACUUAAUCUAACUAACAUCAGAUCUCCACAAACUGUAGCACAGAACGAGUUUUAUAAAUGGACCGCUUUCAACAUUUAAUCAAAUUUUAUAAAUAUACAUUCUGUAAUGUCUGUACAUAAAUUCUUUAGCUAUUUUAGCUAUUUAUGCCAAAUCUUUUUUGUAUUUACAGAAUUUGUUGCUGAUAGAUAUUAUUAAAUAACAUUUGAUAAAAAUAUGACUUGCUUCUUGUCCUUGAUAUAACAACUUAUGAUAUUUCUCAUGAUAUCUCAUAUAAGUAAUAACAUUGACUCCUCUUAUAAAGCUUGCAUCAUAUAUUGAGGAUGCAUCAUAUUUGCUCACUUGUAGUGCAGAAGGUAGUGCAAUUUGGCGGAGUUGUAGCAUUCAGUAUUGAAAUAAUUCUACUAAAUGAUGAUUUAUUAUAAUGACAAAAGUUCAUUAUAAUAGCAAAUAUAUAACAUCUAUUACUUCACUAAAAAUAUAUAUAUAUAUAUAUUUUACGAAGUCCAUUUUGCUUUAAUGUGAUUGAUUACAAUAGUUAUAUCAUCAUUAAAUUAAUUACUGUUUAUACGUCAAUUAAUAUUAAAGAGUAAUAUUUUGAGAGAAUUUUCGAGAUUUUAUUUGUACUUCAAAACAAAAAGAUUAAAAGUUAAUAAUUUUACGCGACAAAUAUAAGAUAUAGUCGGAAAAGUGAUAUAAAUGAUAAAAUUA